AUGGCUGGCACCACUCGAUCCGCCACGGAGCCCGAGCGAGCUGCUGCCGAAGCGGCUCAAGCCAGAAAGAAGGAGAUCGCUGAGGUCUUUAGCAAGGCCUUACAGGAGGUUGACUGGACAGAAGUUCUCCCAUGGGAGGAGCUGAUCAAUAAUGUGACAGCACCGAUUGUUAAAGCUCAAGGCAAACAGAAUCAGAAGCUUGAGGAGUCCAUUACCAACCUUAAGGACAGCCUGGAGUUCUCUGACAAGAAGCACUCUGCCAGAUUCAAGCAGCUCAAGCUCACCAUCGAGUCUGACAAGCUGGCGAAGAAGGAGAUCGAUGACCAGGUCGUCCAGAUAAUGAACCUCCAAGGCCAACUUUUACCUCUGUUGGAGGCAAACGGGAUCAAGAAGGCCCAACCAACCCACCAAGAUGAUGCCUUCCCAUUCUCAACAAAUCCUCAGGAGAAGCGAGUCAAGUCGGCGUGGAACGAAGCAGUGCUUCAAGAUGAAGUAGACACCUUCCAGAAUACCUCAGAGAAGAACAAAGUUGCCCUUCUUCCUGAACUUCGUCUCCAAGCCGCGUUGGUGCCGUACGAGAACUGGGCACAGAGAACGGCGAUCGAGAUGUCUGGAGACUUCCAGCAAGUCGCUAUAUUCACUCGCGCUGGUUCAGUGAACUGGGUCACCUUUUUGGAGGCCAUCCUUCAGGUCCUGUCAGAUCAUCAGGUUCUUUACGGAUCAAUGGUGUCGUUUAACUCAUUGCUGCCAGCGCAGAACGAGAGCAUGUUGAACUUCACCAGACGAAUGAGAGAAGCAUGGUACAAGCUGCCCACGACCUAUCGGGCAGGAGUGAUGAACAGAGAGGGCGUGAUCAACCUCAUUCCCACACCCACGAAGCCAGGAGUGCUCAAGAUUGAGCCUGCUGACGCUCGAAUCACCGACAUCCCCAAGCAGAUCAUCGCAGAUCCUCGCCUAGAGGAUAACAAGUAUGUGAUCGUCGAGGCCACAUUUCGAACCAUUUCCAUACCUUCCGGCUACACCAAGCCAUUUCAGGUCUCAGCAGGCCUGGUACCCAACGGCACCUUCCCUGCCAAUCUCACGAUAGGCAGGACCGUUUUCUAUACUUGGGGCUUCCAAUUUGGCAAUGGAUCAAUCACUCUGACCAACUACCCAUCGUCUCCAAUACUCAAGCCGAUACCACAAGACCGAGCGCACCUCUUUUCCGAGCCUGCGUACAAGGCAGACGAGCCCGUCAGAGAAGGACCAGCCAAGGAGAUCAAAGUCAAAUGGAGUCACAAAACCCCCACAGACAACGCCCAGAUCAACGAAUACCUGGCGUCAUAUGAGAGGGAUUUUCCUGGCUUAUUUGACCCUGCCAAACGACGCACCGACGUUCUCACGAAGACUGUACACACAAUCGAUACAAGAGACUCUCUACCAGUGAAGCUACCCCCAAGACGGUACAGCCCUCCGCAAGUACAAGCCAUGAAGGACUUCGUCAACAAGCAUGAGGGCAAGAUCAUACGGAAAGGCAAAGGUCCAUGA